AUGGGAACUCCAGUUAUUGUGGGUGUGAUAGGUGCGACAGGAAAAAGAGGCCGGUCUGUGGUAUAUGGCCUACUUACUUCACCGACCAAGUUUCAGACUAUCACAUCAUUUAUACAAGCGUUAGUCGAUAGCCAAGUAAACAAAACCCUCAAAGCCAAAGGCGUCAAAAAUGUCGGCUACGACCUGAACGGUCCUCGGGGGGUCCUAGUAGAUCAACUAAAGGGAAUUGAUGUCCUGAUCUCAUGCAUUACCUGGGAACAUCUCGAAUCUCAGGUUCCAUGGAUCGAAGCCGCCAAAGAAGCAGGGGCAAAGCGGCUCGUGCCUUCGGACUGGGUUGGACCGGCACCCAGAGGCAUCAUUGACAUCAAAGAUGAGAAGUUCAUAAUCCUCGUGUUGUUCAACGGGUGGGCCUUCCGUACACUCUCAUCGACGUUGGAUGUUGGUGCAGGAUUGGGUACCCGAAAUUCCAUCCGGUCGGUCGGACCACGCCUAUUCGGGUUACAUUGA